AGACCGGAUGCAAACGCGGCAGCCGGUCGCGUGGGCUGGAAGUAGGUUGUGCGUGAACAGCGAAGUUCGUUAGUGACAGUUGGUUGUGCCGAAUGGUGGUGGAGUUCAGAGCACGAUUUUAAAUAUUUCAUUCGAGAAAGACUUUACAUUUGUACGAUUCGAAAAAGAGGUUCCGAGUGGAAGUAGAUGUUGAUAUUCCGCUUCUAAGUUGCAUUGACGGAAAUGGAAGAGUUUGUGUCGGAGUUUGGGAAACUGAGCAGUGCUUAUGUUCAGUGGCUCCAGAAUUUGUACAGAUUUACAGAAGAGAACAUCGUUCCUGUGGCUGUAGAUUGUGAAAUUAGUUGUAAGGAGUUGAGCAGCUGUCUGUUUCGAUGCUUAUGCAGAAUUUGUCACAAUCACAGUAAUACUUGUGGCUAUCAAGGCAAGGAUGGACUUAUUCUACCUUUAAGCUAUAGAUUUAUAUCCAUUGAGGAACUUCAUUCUCAGCAGAAAAACCCUUGCUGUAGUCAAUUAACGUGGAGCACCAGUCAGUUCAAGCAGUGGACUGCGCAUAAAGGAAAUUUACUGAUCAGUCAGAAGGCACUUAGUCGGACAAACUUGCUGCUAUGUGGUCUCCUGACAGAUAAGACCUCAAUUGUGCUAAGUUCUUCAAAGAGCCAAGAACAACAGAGUGGUGGUAUCUUGUACUUGCAGGACAAGAGUGGAAUCAUACCUUGUGAGAUUAUCAAAUUAGAUGCCCGGCGGUUGGGGCAUAUAGUAAUGCUUCCGAGCUGGAGUUAUAUUCCACUGACUAAUGCAGUUUGGACACUCAGUGGGACUGAAGCUGGCUAUAUUGAAAUUAUCGAAGCACCAUUUCUUGUGUUUCCAAAACUGUUAGUUGGAAGCCUUUUGGUACCAAACACACUAAAUGUUUUACUACCAGAUUCAGCAAUUCAUCUCCUGGACAAAGGGUUUUGUUGCCAUAAAGUGAAGAUGAACAUAGCUGGAGAACUUGUCCGUUUGAGUUCCCUUAUAAGUAUCCGAGAGAAAACAUUUUUCUUCUUCUUCCUUAAUUCCUUUGAAUCUGAUGUUUCCCUUCCAGUUUUAGUUCAGGUUCCUGCCAAACUAAUGUGGCAUCGCUGCUUAGAAGUUUCAAAGCAAUAUGUUAUAACGAAGGUCUUCAUUUCCAAUCUGCAGGGCACCAGUUAUAAGGUGUUUGUAGUGUCAUCGUCUUCUGACUUCUACCUUUAUGUUGAGGGGUCUGUGAAAAAGCAAACUUUGGCAGAAUUUAUGAGUGUUUCACAUAUGAAACAGACUUUUAAAAGUGAGUUAACAUCACUUGUUUGUAAAGAAGAAACUCUUCAGAAUAGGUCUUCUAUUGAUUGGUCGACACAAAACACCAUGGAAAAAAUGUUCGAGAGCAGACAGUCCAGAAUAUGUUCUUAUCGUGGUAUGAUAAGUAAGGUAUUAAACAUUGCAGCAGGCCUUUAUGAGCUGGACGGUAAAUUUGGUCUUUGUGUGGCUUAUCAACAAGUAGUGAAUUAUGGACGUGGUUUGCGCCCUGGAGCACAAGUGGAGAUCCAUGAUGCUCAUGUGCACCAGAAUGCAUCUGACCAUUUUCCACACAUCAUACUUUGCUGCUGCCUGAGGAGUACUUUGGUGAUCAUAGAAUUUUCUGGGCUUAGUACAGAAUUUCAGCCCUUCUGUUCCAGCGGCAAUGUUCACAUCAGUUUGUUGUUCAAGUAUAAUCUGGAUCUGCCGAAUUAUUUGUGGGUGGUUCACAUUAUAGAAACAUUUACACAAAGAUUCUGCCCUCAGUUCCUUACAAAGCAGCACAUCCUAAUGUGUGAUAUUGAUUCUGGAAUCAUUGGGAUGUUUUUCAACUCUGUUCUGAAAUAUACUAGGUGGAAUUUGGUAGCUAAAUCAGUGAGAAACAUCCACCAGGAAAUAUUGGCUAAGUCACAUCAUUGUCCUCUUAAAGAGAUCGCACAACCAAGUUAUCCAUGUCAGAAUUUGUCAUUAUCAGAAUUGCUGUCUCUUGCUGAAGAAAGAGCCUGGCAAUCUCUUCACUUGCCCUCUUUGUUGCCACAUGCUGAGAUCAAAUACUUGAUAGCUCACCAGCUUAACAGUAAGCUUGCUUGGUCAUUUGAAGUUUUAAAACCUGGAGAUUUCCAACCUCAAAUGAUACUGCAUGGUAUCUUCCAGGCAAAUUCUAGAACAGGUCAUUUGCAGCUUCUAGACGCAUCGGGUACAUUGGACUGUGUCGUACAGAACCCUAAUGAAGUGAAUCAAAUUGCUUUUAGUGACACCUCAUAUUUGGACUGUUUGGUCCAGCUGCAGAAAUACCAACUGGUUAUAGAACGAUUCGUUCACAGUGAAUUCCCAUCAUCUAAACAACUUGAUGAUCUUACGUUUAUCAAAGAGAAACACACCAGGAUCUAUGUCCAGUUCUGUGCGGCUGACUUGCAAGUACUCAAGAGACGUGCUGCUUCGACAAGACCAAAAUUGCACAACCCUGCACUGUCUAGCACCUUGUCGACUAGAGCCAGAAUUGCUGCUCACAGCAGCUGCAAUGAGGCAUGCAGAAACGAUGAGCUCAACAGCAUCACAUCCAAUCAGCACCAGGAUAGCCCUUCCCUUCCCAAAAUGCCUCGGCUGGAGGAAGUUGUGCUGCAAGAAGGCCAUGUUGGUGAAAGUAGAACUGUUUGUUCACACCCAUUGUGGACUGGCGACGAAGCGGUGGGCAUCCCGGGCGGAAGAAGCCAGCUGUCGGGCACAGGUACACCCCCUGGACAUUCGACAUCAUGCACCAGACAGAGAAAGGAAGAAACGUGCAGCGUAGGCUGUGUUACCCAGCUAAUAUUAGUAACUCACAAAGAUGCUUUGAUGCUGAGGAACUGUCAAUAUGGCAGAAACGAAGGCUGCGAGCAUACUAAUGGUUCUGAAGAGGCUUUCAUCAAGAGAACUAAGCCGAGGCUGCGACUGGCUUUUCAGGCGUCUGCGGUCAAUAUCGGAAGCCCCAGAGAGUGGAAAGAUAAAUCAAAAAUUGAGGGAUUGCCAGAGCUGGAAACAGACCCCUCUCUUUGUUCUGAACACAACAAUCGUACAGAAGUGCUGUUGGAUUUCAUGGGAAAAUCUGUGAAGUGGUACCAUCUAAUAAACCCAGGGGCAGUAUACAGAGUGAUUGCGUCAAAACAGCUGGGCGCGUCCGUUUUUGAACAGUUUGGCUCUAGCACCAUUCCACGAAAGACUCUGCAGAGCUUGAAUUGUCCGCUCUUCAUUACUUUUCAGUCUGGCUGGAACUUGCAGUAUAUUUCCACAUUGUCUUGUUUACACCAAUCGCAGCUUUCCAAAAAUCGAAUAAACCUGUCUGCUUAUUUUGAAAACUUGGCUUCAAAAAUCACUCACCUUUGUACUAUUCAGGAGGUACUCUCUCUCUCUUUCUCAGCACCGCUUGUCUCUUUCACCGGAAUCAUAUUGGAAAGGAUCUGCAUUAACCCCAAUAGAAGAACUAACUUUGCAGCUGUUAUAACUGACAAAAGUGCACAAGGUGUUUUGGUUCCUAGUGACUGGGGCCUGAAGUUAACGGUUGGUGAUGUUCAAAAUACUGCCAUAGCUCUGCACAUCUAUGUAAAUUUCACGAUGCUAUCUUACAUACUUGGAAUUUUACCAGGAACUGUGGUGCUGUUUUGUAGUUUGGAGAGGACAAUAUCCAGACACAGUAAUGUGUAUUGCAGAUAUUUGUCUUCAAGUAGUGUAUCUAUCCUUGACCAUCCAUCACCAGAGGAUGUAAGGUCAACCAGUGCAGACUUGCCCCUAAUGUAUCUUGGAAACUUGAUCUCUUCGCGAGGCAGUCACCUACAGGGGAUUGCUUGCUGCCAUGUGGUUAAUGUUUGCUGGCUGAAACUACAAUGGGUGUGUAGUCUUUGUUGCAGCAUUAUUAAGCAGGGCAAGUGCACAAGAAGUUCAGGGCCAUGUGUCUCUACAGUUGGUAUAUUUCGUGCUAAUGCAAGUGCUAUUGUGGACGAUGGAACUGCAGAGGCACGAGUGUAUUGUAAGGAUAAACAGGUGGCACACUUGCUGGCCCUUGACUCCAUGAAGUGGGAAAGACUGCAGCAGCAUAUUGAACCACAGGGGGAGGUGUAUUUUCAGUAUCAGGGUCGCACUGGACGUGAAUUGUAUGAAGAGAAUACGGGAGAUGUCCUAAUGCAGUACCUUGGAGUCCUAUGUACUAGCCCUGUUGUCUGCAGGCCCAUUCAGCUUGCUUUCAGAAUUGACUCAAGGAGCAAACCAAAGUUAGGACAGAAUGAAAUCUUUCAACUGAGGACAUUCUCAUGUGGAGACCACCAGUAUAUGACCAAGAUGACACCCGCUUUGUCUUUGACUUGUUUGGACAUAAAGGAAGUGGACUAUCGAAAGCUUUGCCACUUGGCAAAUGAUAAACUGACCCAAUGAUAUUGUUAUUGGAGUGCAUUAACCGUGCAACUGUAGAACAAGAAAUAAUCCCUCAAGUUAAUCAAGAGAAUUGACAUUGAUGUUUACAAAAGCAUCACAAACUGUGAAAAUAAUUUUUGUACUGCUGCCUAUUAAGGAAAAUACCUCUUUUUAUCAAGUUGAUUUCAAUGGACUAGUUUAACUACAUGCCACCACAAAGCAAUACUUUAAAUUAUGAUUUAUAUUUUUAAAAAUAAAAUUCAUUAUUUUAAAUAUAAUUGGGAGUAAUUCUGCCUGUAAAAUACUUGUUUUGGUACCAUUUGACCUCUAUA